UAUCAUACAUCGUCGUCGCCGGCUCAUCAAGUGUAUUUUUUUUUUAAAUCGUUUCCAAUAUUAUUACUGUUUGUUACUCGUCGUUGUAAAAAAAAAUGUUCUGCUUUACUGCGAUUCGUGCGUGUAGACCGUGUAGUCUGUGGUCGUCGGUUGUCAUGGCCGCAGUCAGACGUCAAAGCCUGAACACUCGAAGUUCGCCCGCCACAGCCGUGGCACAAUCGCAAAGCGGCAUUAAAAAGCGCGUGCAACGCCGGAAACCGACCCUCGUGGAAGACACGGGCCAACGACAUGGCUAUUGGUGCGUGUCGGCGUUCUCGACUGCCGAAGAGUUUCGGCUGGAACAACUGUCGGCGGCGCUGUCCAAGACGAACAUGUACGAGCCCACGUGCCUGUACAGUGGUUCAGACGACGGUGAAGAAACUGCAACGGCCGACGUCAUCCACGCCGUGUCCAAGUUUCACGUGACCAACGAGCCCAGGCAUUUGUAUUUUUUCCGCGAAGGCUCGGUGGUCGGAUGGAACGUGUCAGACCUCGAAGUCAGCAGUCUGAUUAAUUUUGUCGCCGAACACGAGAUCGGGUCCUACGACGACCACAUUGUCAUGGACGAAAGAGAAAGCAUGUAUUAUGCAUACACAAACGACAAAAAAAGUUCGAUUCAAAAAGGAAAUGUGUAUUUGAUCGGCAAUGACGUGACAGCGUCCGACCUGGACCGGUACACAUUCUCCAACGCGAUGGCGCACAGCGUGAAGCUGGGUACAUGGGAAGCGCUGCUCGAGGAGUACAUAGAUUCCGUCGAGGUCGUUACACAUGACCUACAAAAUGGACUGCCUAUCUGGAUCACCAGAAAAGAAGUCAUGAAAAAAACCGGUGAACUCUUUGGACUGAGACACAGGAUCAAUUUAAGUUCCGAUCUCCUCGAUUUGCCAGACUUUUACUGGGAACGAGAACACUUGGAAACGUUUUACCGUUCAACGUGUAACUAUUUCAGCAUAUCUACGCGGCUCAAGACAAUGAACGUCAAAAUAAACCAUUGCCUAGAACUCGUCGAACUCCUGUCACACCAUUUGAGCGACAAACAUCAUAUUAGACUGGAAUGGAUGAUAAUCGUGUUGAUCAUGGUCGAGGUCGGUUUCGAAAUCAUUCACUAUGCUCAGUUGUUCAUCAAAUAAAUUUAUCUCCUAUGCCUUUGCUUUGAACAUGAUGUCCUGUACCACACUCACUCAAACAUAAAAUCCAUUAAGUAAAGUCGCUGGCUUUCGUCAUCUUCGUAUCGGUUGUACAUGUCUCUGAGCUCGUCCACCAUACCACCUAGGUCAAUGGAAGAUGCAGCUUUAGAGCUGCGCACAGUUGAGACCAAGUCAUCUAGAAGCUUACGGUCUUCUCGCAAAAACUCAACCACCUCCUUGGACCUCUGCUUCAGUGUGGUCAGGUACUGGCGAAGCGCUUUAGCCCUG